AGUGGAGGUUGGCACGGAGACGCAGCGCCUCGACCGCUCCGCUAUGUGUGUGUGUGUGUUUGGUGCGGACUGACUGACUGACUGACUGACUGCUGAAACUUGUGCGCAGAGAGGCGGAUAGACUCAUCUAUAGCUCGUCCCAGAUAGUGGAUUAAAUUCACGCUUUUCUCCCCCUUUCCUCCUCCUCCUCCUCCUCCUCCUCCUCCUCUGGUUUCGUGUUACAAAGCCUUGGGAGGGAGUUGCGCGGAGAGAGAGAGAGCCAGUUCCUCUGUGGAGAAACUGAAUGACAGGAUCAUAUGGCUUCAUUCGCCUUCUAGUCCGACCAUCUACAAAAACCUAAAAACAGAGGAAAAGAAGAAGAAGAGAGGAAACCGCGGGGCGAAUUCAUCUGAAAUAGAUGAAGGAUGUGGAAUAAUUCAUAACUGAAAUUCAAAAAGAAAUCCGAGAUAACGGAGACAGAAGAGAGAGAGAGGGGAGAACAGGAUAUCAGUCGUCGGAGAAAAGACGAGGAGGAAAGGAACCUUCACCAUCAUCAUCAUCACCACCACCACCGGGAUAAUAAUAAUAAGCCCAAUGUGACCUUCAUCUGAGUCAAGUGUCUCUAUUCAGCAUUCGAAGACGAGAGAGAGGAAAAAAAAAAAAAAAGCUGAAAGGGAGAUCAAGAAGAAGGCGCACCAGACGCGCGAGGGAGGAGAAGAAAAACAAGCUGCCAGGAGCCGGGCUGCUCUCUCUCUUGAGUCCUUCUGAUCCACUGAUUUAUCCCUCGAUCCAUCACGCAACGCCUGUUCACGACGAAUGGGAGCUGAUAUGGGCGCCGUGGGCGGGACGAAGGUCUUGCUCCUGGUGUUUCUGGUUGGAUGGGAGAGGUCGCUGGGUCUCAACUGGAACCCAGUCCCACGCAAGACUGUUCGAUACCAGGAUGUGUUGGACAGCAUGGCGAGGUUCAGCAUUCAGGGAGUGUUCAACUACAGCAUGCUGACUCUGUCCGACCACGAAAGGGUUUUGUACGUCGGAGCGCGGGAGGCGUUGUUCGCCCUGGACCCAAACGACAUCAGCAGACAGCUACGGCCUCAGAUCGACUGGCCGGCUCCGCAGGAUAAGAAGAGAGAGUGUGUUGCCAAGGGGAAGAACAACCAGACCGAGUGCUUCAACUACAUCCGUUUCCUGCAGAGCUACAACCACACGCACCUCUACACCUGCGGCACCUACGCCUUCCAGCCCAAAUGCACCUACGUGAAGGCGGAUUAUUUUACGCUCAACGCUGCAGCCCUGGAGGAUGGGAAGGGUAAAUGCCCUUAUGACCCUGCCAAGGGGCACACUGGCCUGAUAGUGGAUAAGGAGCUGUACUCGGCAACGCUCAACAACUUCCUGGGUACGGAGCCAGUCAUUCUGAGGAACCUGGGCCAGCAGCACUACAGCAUGAAGAGCGAAUACUUGCCUGCCUGGCUCAACGAGCCGGACUUUGUGGGUUCAGCCCUGGUGAGGGAGAGCAGCGGCAGUAAAGAGGGGGACGACGACAAGAUCUACUUCUUCUUCAGCGAGCGAGCGGUGGAGCUGGACUGCGACACCGAGCUCACCGUGGCCAGAGUGGCCCGCGUCUGCAAGGGGGAUCUGGGUGGUACCAGGACCCUGCAGAAGAAGUGGACCACCUUCCAGAAAGCCCGGCUGGAGUGCUCCCUCCCCGAGCGCCAUGUCUACUUCAACAACCUGAGGGCCGUCUUCACGCUGCCGGGCCAGGACUGGAGGGGGACCACCUUCUACGGCAUCUUCCACGCCCAGUGGGGUGACGUGGACGUGUCGGCAGUGUGCCAGUACCAGAUCAGUGAUGUGAAGAAGGUGUUUGAAGGAUCCUACAAAGAGUACAGGGAGGUGUCUCAGAAGUGGGGGCGCUACACCGGUGCCAUACCCGUCCCGCGGCCUGGAUCGUGUAUAACUAACUUCGACAGGGAGAACAGCUACAACAGCUCUCUGCAGCUGCCUGACGCCACGCUCAACUUUGCCAAGAAGCACCCGCUGAUGGAGGACAAAGCUCUGGCUCGCCCCCUGCUGCUCACCAAGGGUGUCAACUUCACAAGACUGGCGGUGGACCGGGUUAGCUCCCUGGACCAGCGGGCGUACAACAUGCUCUUCAUCGGCACAGCGGAGGGCUGGCUGCAAAGGGUGGUGAUCCUGGGCUCCGAUGCCCACGUGAUAGAGGAGAUCCAGCUGUUUGAGACCGCCCAGCCAGUGGACAGCCUGACCAUCUCCCACUCCAAGAAGUACUUGUACAUCGGCUCUCGUUCGGAGGUUCUCCAGCUGCCCUUGGCCAACUGCAGCCGCUAUCAGUCUCAGCCAGACUGCCUGCUCGCCCGGGACCCCUACUGCGCCUGGGACAGCGAGGGCCGGGCCUGCGUCCGCAUCGACCUCCACCGCGGGUCCACCUCCUCCCUGUCACAGGACCUCAUGCUGGAAAGGUUCAGCCGGGGGAAAGCCAAGUUUGAUAAGCCCGUCUCCAUCCCCAGCCCUGAACACUCCCGUCUGAGGAACGUAACAGUGGUGGUGGGGUCCGACAUGGUGCUGCCUUGCCAGCUGGUCUCCAACCUGGCUCAGCCCUGCUGGGUUCUCAACGAACGUGAGCUCCAGCUGGGCGAUCCGGAGGCGGGAGGGCCGCGCUUCGACCGCACCCUCAAGGCCCUCGUCGUCCCCGAAGCGGGUCAGACGCAAGCGGGCCGCUACGUCUGCUACUCCGAGGAGCAGGGGGUCAAGUUCCAGACGGAGCGCUACCAGGUGGCCGUAGUGGCCAGCGCUCCCGUCUUCAUGGAGGCCCGGGCUCCGGACAGCAGCAUGGGGCUCUUCUGGGUGCUGGUCAUCACCCUCGGGGCGGCGUGCCUGCUGCUCCUCGUGGCGGCUCUUUACCUGCGCAGGAGGCUGAAGCUGGCCCUGGGGAAGGGCGCCGACAUGAAGCCUCUGGAGAGCACCCUGGUCUACCCCAUCACCCUGCCCAAGGAGCCGCCCACUUUCGUGCCCAGCAAGAUGCCCACCGACGAGGACCGCUUCUGGGAGACGGGCGCCAACUACUACUACUCGGACGGCUCGCUGAAGAUCGUUCCCGGUCACGCCCUUGGGCCCAGCAGCAGCAGCACGGCGUCGCCCAGCGCCAUUCCCGGCCAGCCCAUCCACUCCCCCAGCCGUCUCAGCCUCACCAACAUUAGAGGCUCGGGUAGCAACGGCUACAUCCGCCUCAACCUGAGCACAGCAGGGGAGGAGAGGGCUAGCGGGGCUGGCGCUGGAGGCGGCGGGCUGGGAGGCCUGGGCGUGAGCGGGAACGACUACUCCAGCCCCUUCAAGGAAGAGCUGAGGCGCACUCUGCAGCAGAGAAGCGUGCUGCCUGACGCCAACCCCGAGGAGUCGUCCGUCUAGGCCUGUCCUCCUCCGUCUCCGUUCCUUGAGUUGGAAAAACAAAACAACCAACCUACCUCCCUCCUUUUGAGGAUGCCUGCUCUCUCUCUCUCUCACUCUCUUUCAGUGACACGCUGUCAAUUCCCCACGCUCUCUCUCUCUCUCUCUCUCUCUCUCUCUCUCUGCCAAUGCCUGUUUGGCUCACUGUUGACAUUUAUAGCACACAGCAUGUUAAAUAUACUCAUACACUGUGUUCGCCAACAUGCACUCCUAUAAUUAUUAUGUUCUGAGCAACAAGCAGCCAUGGUUGUGGCUUUUUCCUGCUUCCACUGUGCAAUCGCCACUUGUGUAAAUUGUGUAUUUAAAAAAGGCUGAACGCAGAGGAGAACACCUCAAGCAUGGAAAUCAAACAAAUGGCGUUUCGUGUUUUUUCUGAAGGGCACAUUUUUUCUUUUUACGUUGAGCGGACCAAGAGGCUUUUAGCCCCUGUGCUGAAACCAGUUGGCGAACGUUUUCCAACUGACUGGAAACAUUGAACUGAUGCUCUGUCCUUCUGUUCCUUUGAGACUUUUUUCAGCUUACUGCACUUAAAAACUGGAAGCGUGUCUUCCCUUUUUGUAUUUGUGAGCCAAGAGCGCGAGAGCGGUAUAAAAAGACUAAUUAAUCUCGAAGCAAGACGACAAUCACGUCCCCCGUAGCAGGAGCUCUGCGAGGGACAGAGAGGAGAGAGCAAGAGACAAAGAGAGAGGAAAUUAAAUGGAAAAUGAAGUGAAUUGGAGUGAAAGGCGCAAGGGGGGGGGGUUUGAAUGAAGGACAAUCUCUCAAGACUUUCUCUGCUCAAUUUGUAUUCCCCGCCCCCGCCCCACGUUGUAUUUAUCCCCGGAGAAAGCCCUUGAUCCCUUCCACUUUCAUUUGUUGUGAUGGUUGGUUUGAAUUAAGACAUUUCUUGUUGCUCUUUUUCUACGUCUUACCGACUACAGCAGUGUUCAAACGGUUAUUAAGUGACUAAUGGCUCCCCUCUAUGAAUGACAAUGUGAGGGGCGAGCGCUUACAUUCCCCCCGCUCAGGCCUGCACGGUGACCUUCAAACGCACCUUCAAGUCCCAAUAUACUACACUCCGAACGACGAGUCGAAGUGUGUAACAGAUAUGUCUUUUGGCUGAGCCCUUUUGAACGUUUGUUUUCCGCAGAAAGAAGAAGAUGGCUAUUUGCAUUCAGCUCUUAGCGGCGGAACAAUAACUGCACACUUAAUUCCAAAUCGAAGCUGACAUGAAGACAUUAGGCAUGGAGAAUGUAGUUGAACCCUCACUGUUGCGACCACCGUGGAUGUCUCAAUAAGUGCUUUAUAUCUUAUGUGUUUGGUGAGGGUGGUGACUUGCACUGCCAAGAAGGAAACUACCCCUCCCACACACACACACACACACACACACACACACACACACGCUCACAGUCCUCUGAAUGCCAACCAUCCUGGACCUGCAGUGUGUUUGUGAGGCUCCCUUAAACCCCAUGAAACCCCCUCCCUCCUUCUUACCGACGCCCAGAGACUGACCCGGGGCUACUGUGGACUUAUACAGAGGAAGAGCACUGUAAAACAACACAAACAGAACACACACACACACACAGUGUUGAUGGAAGAACGGACAGACAGACUGAUUGCUGACAAACUACUGCUGGCUCCAGGCGGGAAGCAGCCGUGAACCAGUGAAAGGGGUGGCUUUCGUUUUUUGGGACGUGUCUGUCGGGACCAGAGGAGCACAGAAAGGAGGAAGGGGACAGAAAUACCUUGUUUUAGCCCCCCCACUGUGUACAGAGCGCUGAGAGAGAUGUAGAAUAUCAAUGCUCCCAAGGUUGAAGAGGUACUCAGCCAUCAGCACUCCAUCCUAGUGUUGCAUGAUCCUCUGCAAGUGGACCGUACAUCUUUGAUAUGAUCAUCCUUGUACAAGUGCAUCAUUUUGAUCGACCAUUUUUGGACUUUUACAGACAAUAAUAUUGUGGAACAAUAAUGCUCUUUGAAAAAAACAAAAACAACAGAAUAUGUCUGGUUUUAUGGUUCAAGGGUUGUACAGGAAUUCACGGCUGCAUUUCAACAUGUUUACUUUUUCUGUGCCUCUUCACCUUUUUGGAUAAGCCAAAGUAGACUGCAGUUGCUUUUGUUCUUGUUGAAAUUCUUAAAUUAAUUUAGUUGGAUUCCAGAUCGAUAUUUAAGUCUCAGCAGUCCGUCCACUUUGCUACACUGAGCUGAUGUCUGCAGCUUUUCUGCAUAUUUUAUCUGCAGCUAAAUUUUCCCCUCAAGCUAAAUGGCUUGAGGCUGAUGGACUCCCUGUCUGCUUCCUGUUUGUAUGUCAGUAGUGAUCUGCUGGAGCCUGAAUAAUGUACCAAAACUUUAACCAUUAUUUAAUUUGUCAGCCCCUAAAAGCCAAAUACGUAUCUGCUGAUUCAAAGCAGAUCAGCGAUAGAAUGUGCCCACUUUAUACUAUUACAUCCCCCCAAAGCAGAUUGCUAAAACAUAUUAGCUCUUUACACUGGUACUUGGUUAUGUCUUAAUAUAUUUCCCUUUUACAAUUAGGCAUUUUAUUUAAUAUAACAUGUUGCAAAGGAUAAAGGAAUACAGGUCUCAAGCUUGAGAAAAAAAAUGCAUGUGUAAUGUACUUUAUGUGCAUUUCUUCAGUUCUUCUUACGCAUUAGUUUGCUCCUAAUAUUUUCUCUCACACGAGGCUUUAAGUUCUGCUGUUUUAUCGCAUUAUUAUUUGUAUUAUUCUAUUAUCACCCCGAUUUCAUUUUGCCCCAUUUUUGCUCGUCUGUUAUUGAUCUUUUAUGUUUGUUUUUAAAAUAUGUUAAGUAACUUAUUUCACUUGUACAAACGUGUUGAUAUUUAUUAUCAUUGUACAUAUGUCCUUAUUUUUUAUAUGUGUAUAUAUACACAAAUAAAAAUAGAGAUAUAC